AUGCCAUUCUUCAGCGACGCACGCAAGCGGCGCAAGUUUGCAGAGUCUCCAGCUUCUUUCCCUCCUGUCUAUCCCUCAAACCCUCCCCCUUGCGCCAUCAACACCUCGACCACAGUUUACCAACCACAGCCGGCUCAAUCGACCCCGCAGGCUGAUCCGUACAAUGGCUGGCCCUGGCACUCAUACAUGGCUUCGACCGUUUCCCUCCCACCGACUCGGACUAUGCAGAAUGAUUACAGACCAGAACCCCUACAGCCUCAAUUGACCUGGUCACACACUGAACCGCACCUGAUGUAUCCUCAACGGCCGCCAGAACCGGCCAGCAGAGUGGACUGGCGCACUCAGAUUGGGGACAAGUUUGGCGACGUGAUAUCCUUGAUUGACGAAGAGGCGUUUCCUGGUUCUACCCGGGAGCUUGAGAUCACAAUCCCAGAGUCGCCUUCUCCAGAUUAUCCUGAAUCAUAUUCAGCGAAUCGAGACGGAACCAGAUCAGUCACUGGGAAUGAGAAGGCUCGACCCAAGCCGAAGAGAUGUGGACAAGAGAAGCAGGUCAAUGUCUUCGCGAAGGUCGAUCGAUACAUGAAUUCUCGGUUACCCGUUUCUUUGCCACCACUCAGGGUAUACAUACCAACCUAUCCUCUUCUCUGUUUGGCGGCUCAAUACUCGGCCAGUGCAUAUUACUCCCCUCAAUCAGCCUCGGAACGCAAGGAUUUCGUCUCUGCCGAUGGUCGGUCAGGAGCAAAAGCAAUGGUGAUCAAGUCUAUUCCAUGUGACGACAAGAAGACAGUAGUUUUCGCCAUCCGAGGGACGAGCAUGUUCAGCAUACGCGAUUGGGCCGUCAAUCUGAACACUGAACCGGUCACACCAGCUGGAUUUUUGGACGAUCAAGGAAACCUCUGUCACUCAGGGUUCCUGAAGGUGGCCAAAGCCAUGGUCAAGCCUAUUGCGGCAAGACUCAGGCACCUUUUGGAAGAGAAUCCAGGUCGAACGGCCUGUUCCCUCCUCAUCACUGGGCAUAGCGCUGGCGGAGCUGUGGCAAGCCUUCUGUAUGCUCACAUGCUCGCGGAGACUGUACAGUCCGAGCUCAACAUUCUUACAGGGUGCUUUAAGAGAGUACACUGUGUGACGUUCGGCUCUCCUCCCAUCAGCCUUUUGCCGUUACAGAAACCCGAGACGGCUGAUGGAAGAUUACGUAAAUGUCUCUUCCACUCCUUCAUCAACGAAGGCGAUCCGGUCGUUCGGGCAGAGAAGGCAUAUGUCAGGAGUCUUGUCGAUUUACUCUCGAGCCCGAUGCCUUCAUUGGCGCCCGAGAGACCUACAGCAUCCCCACUCACUAUGCUGGGAGCUUCGAUGUCAAAACUUGACCUCUCGUUGAAUCCCAUAAAGAAACCGAAUCCUCCGAAAUCCAAACCACCCAAACUUCCAACCCGGAAGCUAUGGUGGGAAGUUCCGCCUGCGACACUCUCAAAUGCUGGUCGUUUGGUCGUCUUGCGUGUGCCGGACAGGGGCAAGGAGCCUGAUGUGACGGCUUCUAUUGUUAAGGACGAACAAUUACGACGAGUUAUUUUUGGAGACCCACUGGCUCAUUCAAUGGACCUGUAUGCCAGUCGAAUUGAGACUCUAGCUUUCCGUGCCGUCACUGGCAAAAGCGGAGUGUAUUGA